CACCCUAUUAAGUCGUCCCCUCCCCCCACGGACACCUCUCAGCCCUUUCUUCCUCAUAGACGUCAACCACCCUUCACCCUCCUCUCCCCGCUCUGAACACCUCGCCCCACAAACCAAUUCUUGCCAACGACUCAGCCUUCCUCCCCUUCCCUCCACCAAAAUUCACGUCACCUGUCGACUCUGUCGUCCCUCAACACUGUCUCCCAAUCGCACAAUCUAAUCGUCGUCACUGCCAUCGCAAACAAGUAAACUUCAAAGGAAAUUGCGCGGAUUAUAGAAGGGAAAUCUAAAAAAUAAGGUAAAUGAUGGCAGGUAGAAAAAUUGGAGAAAGGAAUCUGGGUUUGCACAAGGGAUGGGCAAAGGUCGGCAAGGGCGGGAGCAGCAAGGUCAAUGAUGGCAGACGGUGGUGAUGGAAUAUUACAAGAGCAAGAGACGUGAAAAAGGAAAAUAAAAAAUCGAAGGAAUUCAUCAAAACGUUGUCGUAGAGAGUUGAGUUCUUCUUCAUGUUCCAGAUCUUCGUGUUACACACCACACAGAUCAAUCGCGCAUCUCUCUCUUCUCUCUCUCAUGGAUCCUCAGAGAGCUUUCUCUCUUUUACUUCUGUUCAUCAUCUCUCUUCUCUCUCUCCACUCCAAGGUAAUUUAUGGGGAUUCCUCGGUUCUCUUCCUCGAUAGUCCUACUCGCCAAUAUCUUCGACUUUCAUUAGAUCAGACUGUUUCACUUUCCACAUCUGAAAUUGGUGCUACUGCAUCUGUGUUGCUUGGCUUUGCACCCCCUUCUACCCUCUCUGCCGCUAGCUCAUCCAAGCUGAAUGAGGUUCUUGCACCAAACCCAUUUGAUAGGCCCCGUGCCUUGUUGAUGGUUGAAGUUACAGGAGCUGAAGAUUCUCAACUUGUCGGUCGCUCAGAUAAAUCUCCAUCUGGUAACACCCUCAGGAUCAAGGUUGAAGGUAACCAAAGAGUGGACAUUCAGCUUCCAGAUGAAGCUGAACUUUCAAUGGUCUCACUGAAUGAAGCCUCGAGCAAUGCUGAAUGUUUAGACAAAGAACUAAGUGAUUUUGCCUCCUGGUUUGGUGGAUCAUAUGUUGAAGAUGCAUCCCAGUCACUGAAUGGGGAGUUACUCAUUCCCAUCGCUAAUGGUGCCUUUAUGAGACUUCAUAUGUCAGAGAGAGCUGACAGAGAAUUCGCAACAAGUCUUGUAAUGCUUACAAGUAAUAUGAAAAAGGCUAUGGAGUUGCAUCAAGUAUUGACAAAAAGCGAGCACAGUCCUGCAGAGCUUAUGACGGGCAGAUUUGAUGGAAUCAAGGCUUUGCAAGAUCGCUAUGGAAAGGAAGGAAUUGCUCAAAGUGGAAUGGAGGUAUUUGUUAAUUCCAUGUCGAAGAUGCUCGACUCCUUGCAGGCAGCAUACCAAGGGAAAAUUGUUGGAGUCAUUGCACACAGGGGCUGGGUUGAUUCAGAGCAAGAGAACAUGUUCCAUUUCACAGUAAAUACUCGACCAUCUGCUCGUUCGCUGCAGCAAACAAAACUCUCACCUGAGACGAUCAUAAUCGCAGAAGUAGCCUUCGUCAGAAUCACCUUGGCCUGGAUAACAGGGAUCAUCCUUCUUAUUGCCACUCUGUUGGGGAUCUACUUUCUUGUGAACAUGCCAAUCACCAAGGACACCCUUUUAUAUUCGAAUGUCAAGCUCGACUAAAGUCAGCACAGUAGCAAUCCGCGUUUAUAACUGAAAUAUGGGAGGCGCCGCCUGCGAUGAAACCUGAUGCUAUCUGUGCGGAUCAGUCGUUUUGCUUGUGAUUUAUUUUUAUGUUAUGCAGCUUCACAAGCUUCUUUUUUGAUUGAUUAUUUAGUGGGUAGCUCAAAUUUGUCAUAAAUGUAUGUGUCCUUGAAAAGCUCAAAACCUAGACGUAUGGACAAAACGGAGAAGAGCGUAUUUAUCGACUGGUACGGUUUUUUGGAGAACCACUCUGUUUUGUAAUUAUAUUUAUAUCUGUAGACAAUAAAUGCAUGAAUCUCAUGCUCUACUUGAAUAUUCUUGUA